UUUAGUUUUCAUUUUCCUUUCUUUAGGUUUCAAUGAAAAUUCAUUACAGAUAUGGAACAAUUUAUCGUGAAGUGAUGCAAUUUCCUAGAUUUGAAUUUUGUAAAUUGAUGGACUUAGGAACAUCAAAUAAGUUAAUAGAAGUAAUACUUCGCAAUAUCAACAUAACUACUCCCGGAUUGCUUCAUCGAUGUCCUUAUAAAAAUAUUGACAUAAAGGAUCAACCAAUCUUGGCUAGUUCAAUCCCUUCAAUGAUUCCAUCGGGCGACUACAAAAUGACUUUUUCUUGGUCUUUCGAGAAUGGAAUUUGGUUUCAGCAUACAACGGACUAUCUCACUGUUGAAGCUUAUUUGAAGAAACCGCUCACUCAAGCAUAUUUUUCUAUGAAACUUCAUUACAAAUACGGAACAAUUUAUCGCGAAGUGAUGAAAUUUCCUAGAUUUGAAUUUUGUAAAUUGAUGGACUUGGGAACAUCAAAUAAGUUAAUAGAAGUUGUAUUUCGUAGUAUCAACAUAACUUCUCCCGGAUUGCUUCAUCGGUGUCCUUAUUAUAAUCUUGACAUAAAGGAUCAACCAAUCGUGGCUGCUAUAAUCCCUUCAAUGAUUCCAUCUGGCGACUACAAAAUGACUUUUUCCUGGUAUCUCGAAAAUGAUAUUUGGCUUCAACAUACAACGGACUAUCUCACUGUUGAGUCACCCUUAAAAGAAUCUUUUGGCAAAUGA